AUGACAACCAAGCUGAUGUCGUUGGUUCAAGGGAAAGACGAGCCCCUGAGGGAGUUCAUCCCCAGAUUCAACAAGGAGGCAACAACCAUCCCAAAUAUGAGCCAGGAGGUAGCGCUACUAGCAAUGCAGAGUGGCUUACUACCAGGAUCAUCGUUUAGAGCGUAUAUGGGGCGUAAGAGCCUCAAAACACUUGCUGAAGCGCUAGGCAAAGCGCACGAGUUCAAUAAAGUAGACGAGACUGACAGAGCAAUGCUGGGUAGGAAAGCACCAGGUGACUCAGUUAAGCGGGAAGAGGUCACCCGGGCAGAGAACACACCCAGGGUGGACCAGCCGAGCAGGACUGAGAAAAACCGCAGAGAAGCGGACAGAGUAAUGGGCUUGAGAAGGUCAGACCCAAAGAGAGGGCCAAGGCCGAGGAGGUUUGACCAAUAUACCCCAUUAACCCAUUCCAGGUCUCAUAUAAUCAGCGUGAACAAAACUGAUGACAAGUGGCAGAGACCCCCGAAGAUGGUUAACAGAAAUCGUGAUACAAGCAAGUGGUAUGACUUCCUUAGAGACCAUGGUCACACCACUGAAGAAUGCACGCAUUUGAAAGACAACAUAGAAGACUUGGUCAGGAUAGGGUACUUGAAUCACUUUAAGCAGCGCGAUGACCCUCCUAGAAGGAGGGAUGAAGAUAGAGAAGGCCGCCCUGACCGCAGAGGAGGUCAAAGGUGUUGGGGUUUGGACACCAUUCCUUUCAAAAGGGGCCCAGCCGGAGACAAAGACGUAGAUGGCAAGCUAGAAGGCAGGGUGUAUGUGAUCAGCGGGGGCCCAGUACAUGGGGGUACAUUCAACAGAGCGCGAGUUGACCUGCGGGCGAUAAUACUUCAAAUAAAUGACAAUGAUAAGUGUAGAUGGCCACCUCUUCCCCCGCAACUGCAAGCCACGUUUGACGAGUAUGACCAGAAGGGCAUAAUUUACCCCCAUGAUGACCCGCUGGAGGUGACAAUGAGAAUCGCAAACUGGGAGGUGGAUAAAAUACUAAUAGACAGAGGCAGCUCAGCCAACAUCAUAUACAUCAGUGCGUUUAACGAGCUGAAGUUGGACAGAAAAAGACCUAAAGAGGGUGAGCUACGAAGUCACCGGGUUUAA